AGAUUCGUGUACUAAUUUUACUUUCAUUCAUAGACUUAAUAAUUAAGAUACGAUAUAUAAUGGCGUCGUUUGUCUUUGUGAUUUCUCUUCUUCUUCUCUCUCUUUCGUCGGCUGUUUUCUCCGAUGACGCGUCUUUCCAGAAACUUCCGGUGCCGGGAAAGAGGUCAGGCCCUGAAUCUUUCGCCUUUGAUUCUACCGGCAACGGAUUCUACACCGGCGUCUCCGGUGGUAAAAUCCUCAAGUACGUUCCCGACAAGGGUUAUGUCGAUUUUGCCCAGAUCACAGAAUCCUCGAACUCGGCAUGGUGCAACGGAGCACUUGGAACCGCUUUCGCUGGAAAGUGCGGUCGACCAGCGGGAAUAGCCUUAAACAGCAAAACAGGUGAUCUCUAUGUCGCUGAUGCUCCAUUGGGUCUUCAUGUUAUCCCUCCCGCCGGAGGUUUGGCCACAAAGCUCGCCGAUAGUGUUGACGGAAAGCCCUUCAAGUUUCUAGACGGUCUUGACGUUGAUCCCACCACCGGCGUCGUCUACUUCACUUCCUUCAGCUCCAAGUUUGGUCCCCGCGAAGUGUUAAUCGCAGUGGGAUUAAAAGACGCGAGUGGAAAGCUCUUCAAAUACGACCCAGCGACCAAAGCCGUGACUGAGUUAAUGGAAGGUCUAAGUGGUGCGGCUGGUUGCGCCGUGAGCUCAGAUGGUUCGUUCGUGCUGGUUAGCGAGUUCAUAAAGAGUAACAUCAAGAGAUAUUGGAUCAAAGGACCCAAAGCUGGAACUAUUGAAGACUUCUCAAGUCUUGUUUCGAACCCAGACAACAUCAGGAGGGUAGGUUCUACCGGAAAUUUCUGGGUCGCCUCCGUCGUGAACAAGGUUGUCAUGCCUACCGACCCUAAGGCGGUCAAACUAGACGCUAAUGGAAAAGUGCUUCAGACCAUUUUCCUCAAGAAUGAGUUUGGGAAUACUUUGCUUAGUGAAGUCAACGAGUUCAACGGCCAUAUUUACAUCGGAACUCUUACUGGACCUUUCGCCGGAGUCAUGAAACUUUAAAUUGGUGAUUACCAUUUUUGAAAUCAUGUUGAAAUGUCUCUUUGUAUUUCAACCAUAAUAAAGUUAUAAUAUCACC